AUGGAGGAGCAGUCGAAUGAGUUUGCAUUACAUCAAGCUUGUAUGAAUGGAGAUAUAAAGAAGGUUCAAGACCUAUUAGAGGGGAAUAGCGCUUUAGUCAACAUGAAGGAUGAAGAUGGAAGGCACCCUAUUCACUGGGCAAUAUCAUCUCAACAUGCAGGUAUUGUUGAAUUGUUGCUAUUGUAUAUGAAGAAAAUGGAUCUAGAUUCGCUGCUUGAUGAUUCGGAUUGGUCGCCUAUGCAUGUUGCAUCAGCGGUAGGGGACUAUGAGAUAUUUGUGAUGUUGUUGAAUCACGAUAUUAAGCCGUUGCUAGAUGAGUCUACAAGUCAAGGGACUACGCCGUUACAUCUUGCGUGCUCUAAGAAACACCAGAAGAUAGUUAGCAGCUUAAUUGAGAGGGGAGCUUCGGUGCGUACGAAAGAUAAGUAUCAGAGGAUGGCUUUACAUAGGGCAUGCGCGUCAGGAUGCAUUGCUGUAGUGAAGCUGCUGUGUGAUGCGCGACAUCCUGUUAACUCCAGAGAUGUUAAUGGCUGGCCUCCAUUGUUCCAUGCUUUGUCGGAGGGCCAUGCUGACGUUGCUGUUUUGCUAGUGCAGGAGUACGGUGCAGAAUGGGAAGAGGUGAAGAGCAAUUCUGGUGAGACGGCACUAGAUGUUGCAGUUGAUAAGAACGUGCGAGAAUAUUUCUUGAAGCACGUCGUUUAG